ACUUGCGCGUCCUCGCUCUCUUGCUUCAAGCUCUCCCCUUCCCCACAUACACCGUCAUGUCCAGAACUUCUUAUGACCGAUAUCUCACCGUCUUCUCACCAGAGGGACGACUCUAUCAAGUCGAGUAUGCGUUUAAGGCCAUCUCAGGCUCUGGGCACACUGCAAUCUCCGUGCGAGGAAAGGAUACCGCCGUCGUGAUCACACAGAAGAAGGUUCCCGAUAAGCUACUUGAUGCUUCUACAGUCACACAUCUCUUCAGUAUAUCACCGACGAUUGGCUGUGUCAUGACUGGUCUAAUUGCCGAUGCCCGCGCUCAAGUGAAUCGGGCACGCUCAGAAGCUGCAGAAUUCCGAUAUAAAUACGGCUACGAGAUCACACCCGACGCACUGGCGCGACGGCUCGCCAACAUCAAUCAAGUGUACACGCAACGCGCUGCGAUGCGGCCACUCGGUAUCUCGAUGAUCGUCAUCGGCACUGACCCGGAAUACGGCCCGCAAUGCUUCAAGCUCGACCCGGCAGGCUACUUCGUUGGCUACCAUGCGACGGCUGCCGGCCAGAAACAGCAGGAGGCGAUGAACCACCUCGAGAAGAAAUGGAAGAAACUCGACUCAGGACGGGGUGCGGAAGACGCGGUAGCCGCAGGCAAGACAUUGGGCAGGGCCGAGGUUAUCGAGAUGGCCAUCGAGGCGCUGUCGACCGUGCAUGCGACUGAUUUCAAGCCAGGAGAAGUCGAGAUUGGGAUUGUGUCGGACGCGGAAGAGGAGAACCUGAAGACGCGGGGACAGUGGCGCGUCAUGGAUGAGGCCGAAAUAGAGCAGCACCUCAUGGCGUAUGCAGAGAAGGACUGAUGUACAUGUAUUACUGGACCACAUUCUCACUGGUACUUCCAAGCUUCUGUGCGGCACGGUCUGAUAAUAUUCUGUCGAAGCAAAGGAUGAGAGCAGCAAUGCAUUUCAUUAAAACUACAAGUAUCCAUGUCCACAGCCUUGUACGUUCGUCGACUAGAAUCUCGAGGCACCUCCCGUCGCAAUAAGUUCAAUCUCCCAUUCCUCCAGGUCAUGUUUCCAAAGCUUCUCCGGAGCCUCCCAAAACUCCUGGAACACUUGCGCGUUCGUGCCUUUACCCGCCGACGCCGGCACCGCGCUCGAUGUCGCA